AUGGGCCUCUUUGACAUCCUAUUCCUCUGCUGUGGUGCCCAAUCUUCCGCCAACUCUCACCAGAACAAUCGCAAUACCAAUACCAAUACCAAUCACUCCAACAACAAUCACCUUUCCAAUAACGGCAACUCGCUGGAUGUUGAACAGAAAUUAGAGAUCAACACUUCUAAACUAAUUACACACCCGGUAGUUCCACCCGUUGUCUCUGACACCUUCUCACCAACAGUCUCAUCCUCUUCCUCUUCCUCUUCCUCUUCCUCUUCCUCUUCCUCAAACUCAUGCCAACUCCAUGGUACUCUCCCAAUCAACCAAGUCUUGGCACCGGAACAGGAAACUAUUCUUACUCAAGAAACAAACACAACUACAAACACAAUCACAGAUUCCAAAAAUGAAGAACUGCAAGAUCACCAAAGUACAGCCGAUAGUGUCCAGGACAACUUCUCAACCAUUUCAUACUCUUCUCUACAAAAAAAUCAAUUCCACGCUCCUGGUUGCAACACCCUCCUACCACCAAUCCAACAAUCUCUACAGAAUAGAAAAUGUCUCGUGCUGGACUUGGACGAAACUCUAGUCCACUCAUCGUUUAAAUACGUCUCAACCGCAGAUUUCGUCUUGCCUGUAGACAUCGACGACCAAUUCCAAAACGUCUACGUCAUUAAAAGACCAGGUGUAGACGCUUUCCUACAAUACACAAGUAAACUCUUCGAAGUAGUCAUCUUCACUGCCUCGGUAGAAAAAUACGGUAACCCUUUACUAGAUAUCCUAGACUCUACAAACGAUUUGGUUCAUCACCGUUUGUUCAGAGACGCUUGCUAUAACUACAAUGGCAACUACAUCAAAAACUUAGCCCAGUUGGGUAGACCGUUAAGCGAUAUCAUCAUCUUGGAUAAUUCACCAACUUCAUAUCUAUUCCACCCAAACCAUGCUAUCCCAAUCUCUUCUUGGUUCUCAGAUGCUCACGAUAACGAAUUGUUAAGUAUUUUACCAUUGCUCACAGAUCUAGCAAAUUCAAAAGUUAUAGACGUUUCAAAAAUUUUAGAUGUCUCUAUAUAA